AUGUCAAAGGCAGAGCAGGUGAAUCAACAGCUUCAUGAGAUAUUUGAUCCUGAGAACUUGAAAAAGGACAACUUUUUCAGAGAGCUUGUUGAAAGAGAUCCUGAAGGGUGGGUUCCUAUAAAGAAGAUGAGCAUGAUUAAGCGAUUCAAGCAGAUCAUCGAAGGCGAUCUCUCUUUAUUCGAAGAAGCAAUCUCUAUAUCGCCCGAGGACUUUGAGAUCAACGAAGCCAAGACUCAUUUACGUUGCAUAAAGAAGGCUGAAGAGCCAAAAAAGGAAGAAGAAAAGGAUGAAAAGCAAUCAAAGAAUGAAGAAAAGAUUAAAAACCAUAUCGAAAGUUUGAACCAUCGAUCUAUUUAUGCUAAAGGAUUCUCGGUGGAUAAAGAACCAAGUGAAAAGGACUUGAAGGAAUUUUAUGGUAAAUUUGGACGUGUCUUGUCUCUCAAGUUCCGUCGUGAAGGUGAUAAGAAAUAUGAAGGAAAGUUCAAAGGCAGUAUCUUUGUCGAAUUCGAAAGUCAAGAAAUUGCCGAACGUGUUGUUGCCGAGGCAACAGAGUAUGAUGGUAAGGAACUCCUGACGAUGAUCAAGGGCGAUUACAUUGACAUGAAGAAGCGUGAAAAAUACCAAGAUCAGGAAUUCGAGUUUAAAGAAAUGAAGAAGCGUCACCGAUACUUGGUCGAGUACAAGAAUGCAAAAGACACACAAUUCUCUGAUAUCAAACAGAUCAUUAAGGCAAUCACACCUGUUGGCCGUGUGGAAAAGUUAAAGGAAGCUGGCUCAGGCGUGCUCGAGAUUUUUGACAUCACGCCUGAGGAAUUUUUGAGUAAGCUGGGAGAACAGAAAGCGGAAGGUAUCCAGUUUAUGCUGUGUAGUGCUGAAGCAAGAAAGCAUUUCCUUGAAUGUCAAGAUAAAGUGAAGCAUCGUCAUGGCAAAGGUGGCAGAGGUGGCCAUGGAUUCAGAGGAAAGAAGAGACCUCAGGGAAGACAACAAGAUGAUAGCAAUAAGCGUCCUCGAGGAGUGGUCGAAGUAAAGACCGCAGAGAAAUAA